AUGAGAAUAUGGGAAGAUGAACAAAGUGAGCCUCCAAUUUUAGUAGACUCGGCCUUUGGAAAGGUGCCAAAAGGCUGUGUCAUAAGCUAUCAACAGCCAUUGAAAGUUAAGAGCAAUAUUAACAUACAGCUACCUGCAUUCAACUUUCCAUCUUUAAGCUAUCCAGAUACAGUGCUCAAUGAAAAACAAGACCUUUUCUUCAGCUCCCUUGCAAUAUCAGGUCAACAGUCUAUUGACUUUGAAAUGGAGACAAGGGAACAGUCAACUACAACAGCAUGGCAUGAACUAAGGAAGUUUAGGCUUACAGCUUCAAAUUUCAAAGAUAUAUGCUCAAGAAGAAAAGACCAUGAAAUCCUUUCUACGCGUUUACUAAAGGGAAAAGUAAUCCAAACUGCAGCCAUGAAAUAUGGGAUACAAAAUGAGGGGGUAGCUGCUGAUAUGUACAAAACACAGUUUGGCAGAGACACUCACCUAGUAGGUUUUCUUAUAAACCCAUGUCUCCCACACCUAGGCUGUAGCCCAGACAGAAGAGUGUUUGACGACACUGAACAACAUCCAUGGGGCCUGAUAGAAAUAAAGUGCUCUCCAGCAAGUCAUCUGGAUAACCUUCAGUAUUUAAAGUUUAAUGAACGAAAUGGGUCAUAUUCAUUGAAGAAGACACACAAGUAUUAUUAUCAAGUUAUGGGAUGCCUUGGUUUAACAGGAAGUCAGUGGUGCGAUUUCUUUGUUUACUGCAAGGACGAAUUUCACUGUGAACGAGUAUAUUUUGAUGAACUUCUCUUUUCUGAAAUGCUGGACAAACUGAAUUUAUUUUUUUUUUUGAUUAUCACCUGA